AUGCUGGCUAGCACGACGGGUGGGUUCACGCUUGAGCACGACCGGUUUGGAGACGAUGAACGGUUACAUCUGGCCGUGGAUUUCGGAGGACGUCUGUCGGGUCAAGAUUUUUGGACAACGGAGUUUUAUGACCAGCAUGUCCAAGACAGUUGGGAGGCUGAUCGCAGGAACGACAAGAAACCUUGGAUCUCGAGUGCGAGUGGCUUGGAACAAGUGUCACUGGCGGAAUUGCUUUGUUUCGCCCUGGACCCACAGCACACAGCAGCAAUUCAAGAUUCCGUGCUGUGCCGUGUGCUCAACCUUCUGUCGGAGAUCGCCGAGUACACAGACUCUGCGUGCUCGAAGGUGCAGCGAGAUGCAGAGGUUAUGACAGACUUGCAACGAGUAAAAAGCAAACAGAAACGGAAACAUCAUGUGGUCCGUGUACUGACGGAAAGAGUGGUCCGAACAAUCAAAAAGCUUGUUCUCUGCGGUCUGCAGGAGCUGGACAUGCACAUGAUCAGAUUGCUCUAUGGCCGCUACUACGACAUCCAGCAGCUCUGGGUAACUCCAAGUGACCAAGGUCACGCAGCUGUUGCCCGAGCUAGAACCUACCUGAUCCUGGCCAGGCUCGGCCAAGUGGAGCAGGUGCACGACCCAAGCUUUGUCUAUGACCAGGUCACUGACAACAUCAAAGCUCGAGUCCAAACCCGUCCGAGGGAUUACUUUGUGGCUACACGAAACCAGGUGCUUCAAGAAGCACAACACACGGCCAGGGUCCGCAACGUGGUCUUCCGGAAGGUGUCCUGGCUCUCAUGUAGCGGAACCUGCUGUGCGCGUCGCCUGGACUCUUUGCUCAAUGAACGAGAACAACGUGCUUGGAAAUGUGUGCGUCAGCGCUACCGCAAUGUUUUCCAGAGAAGGGCUGCCUCUGAUCCUGAUCUGGUGGUGCAUCUGGGCGACAACCCGGAAAACCGCUUGAUAUGGAGUGCACACUCUGGGAAAAUCCCCACCUUGAGAAGAGGGAGUGGCAAGUUGUACAUCCCGUUUUUGCAAAGGUGGAUGGUUCCUGUUGAGAAGCUCAGUGCACUGGGAUUUCCAGUGACGAAGGACACCGCCAUUGCGAUGGGGGUGCCAAUGCUGCCCGUGGUAGACCACCUCCGUGCUUCAUCGGUUGCAGGUAACUCGUUUCACUUCUCUACCGCAGCCGUUGUUCAGCUAGGACGCCGACUUGUCAAGCAGACAACGUACAAAAGUCAAGCCAAGCUGGCCGAUUUCGUCGUGCUUUCCUCAGACUCGCACAUUUUGGAUUGGCUGCAGGAUGUUGACCCCACCUAUCUCCACAAGGAUUGCAUGAAAGACCAAAGUCGGGUUCGUUUGUUCUCCUGCUUGGCCUUCAAUGCGGGAUGGUUGCCAGAAGACCCAAAGCCAGGAAAUGAUUGUGCAAGUGUUGUGGCUGCCGCCAAUGCCCAGUACGCGAAACGAGGGAAGCCGGCCCAGCACACGGGUUGGUCUGUCAAAGAGCAGCACAUGUAUAUGAGAUGGCAGUUCCACCUCUUCAAGGGCGGCCGGAUUCGUCGAGCAGACCUUGGUGGCUUUGCUUGGAAGUUGCCCGAGAAAGGAAAGCACGGCAAGCCGGCACCGCUUCCCAAUGAGGUGGUGGACUUUUGUCGUAACCCCAGCGACACAGCGCGGGAGGCCCGAAUGGUUGCGACGGACACGAGCUCGGGACACAAGGACGACCCCUACAACGGUUUCAAGCUCGUGAAUGAAGAGGAGUACGAGAUCUACGUGCAUGAUGGUUUCGUUUGCAUCGCUGGUGGCAUGCACGAGCCAUCGUAUUGCGAGGACUUGAUUAUGGAGUUCGAGGACGGGCAGCGCACUGGGGUGACCGGUGGGGUGGGGGACGUGGGUCCAGCGCCCAACCCGCGCGAGCGAGGUCGCCCCGAAGUUCGAGAGCCUCGUCGUGCUCGGUCGGCUAAGAUUGAAGAGGAGGAGGAUGAUGAUGACGAGGGGCAGCUUGCACAGCGAUUGCCAUCCGUGGAUUCUGAGGAGAUCGGGUCCAUCUAUGGGGAGGACGAGCACAAGGUCAGUGAGGCGGAUGCGGCGGAUGCAUCCUCGGACUUGCCGAGGUUGGUGCCCUUGGGGCAUGGAAGGACGCUUCUCGUGGGACCCAAGGAAGGCAGACAGCUUCUGCUUCCACGGGGCGAGUGUUGGGCCUUGAAUGAAGCGGACGCUGAGGGUCAUGUUGCUUAUGUCCUCGAGUGCCCCAGCAACCCGGAGAAGUACCAGCGCCGCUUUUACCACACAGCGCUGGGCAGCCGGCAUGCCGUGGACAUCGAGGAGUGCUAUCUUCCGCCGAAGAAGAAGGCAAGAUCGGAUGCGGGGAAGAUCACCCCGAAUCGCAGAGAAAGCAACGCCAUGCCGAAGUGUGCCGCCGCGUUCAAGGACAAGUCGGAUGGAAGUGAUCGUGGGGCCAGGGCGAAAACACUCGCCAAGCGCCCACACGAGGAGGCAAAUCCUGACCACCACGGCGAUCGCAUGAGCAUGCGCAGCGGCCGCUCGAGGUCCCCGCCGCGCUCCGGUGAGCGGUUGCGGAGGCUGAAGACGAAGAGCCCUGUCACGUUCACCGAAGCGCGCUACAAGAUCCCGGAGUUUGACUCCGCCCCGACCUGGUCGGCCAAGCGGGCUCUGAAGGCAUCGGAUGGAAUCCGUGGCAAUGGCGCUGAGGCUGACACCCAGACCACCGUCAAGCCCGCCGAGGAGGAAUCCGAUAUUGAUGAGGACGGGGCGCGCAGCAAGGACACGGAGGUCGCUGAGCCGCGCGGUGCAGAGUGA